CGAGGCCUUGUCCGUAACUUUUAACAUUGGACAAUCAAAGAGGAGACUUGAAGUAUUACAACAAUGGGCGAGAAGACGUUCAAUCUUACUUGGAACAAUCACCUGGCAAACUUGUCCGGAUUGUUCGAAGGGCUGUAUAAAAGUGGUUCUUUGACUGACACGACCUUAGCUUGCCAAGGUGGUAUGUUGAGAGCACACAGAUUGGUCUUGGCAGCGUGUAGUCCGUACUUCGAAAGAGUUUUCAAAGAGCAUUAUGGUGAACAACCGAUUCUUAUUUUGAAAGGCGUUGCAGUCGAAGAAAUGGAAUGUCUUCUAGACUUUAUGUAUCGGGGUUCCAUCGAUGUUGCCGAGGAACAUUUACCCUCCCUAAUAAAGACCGCCACGGAUCUCGAGGUUCGUGGUCUCUCGGGUGACCACAGGAAUCAAGAAAACAAUCGGAGCCCCUACACAAGGGUCGAGACGCGAAUGCAACGGUGUCACAUAGAGACGAGGGUUCACACGACCGAGUACAUGAAGGAACCGUCCGUGAUUCCAUUUCUGCCGAAACAGUCUUCCGUGGAAUCGUUGGAGGAUCACAUCAAAGUCGAGGAAAUUGAAGUGGAGGACGAUCCGAUGGUGAUCGACGGACACGAGGAUACUUUCGACGAACCUUUACGUUCGUCGGAUACACAAAUCAGACGUAUGCCGCCACCUAUGUACAAACGAGAAACAAGAUUCAAAGGUCAGAAAAGAGUAUCUGUUGGACGACCUACGAGGAACACCGAAACUUUGGAGUACAGAUCGAAGGAACGUCUAGUGCUGAAGGAAGACCCUGCAAGGGAUGAAAGCUAUGAGGAUUCGUCAAAUACAAUUAAAUGUGAACCCAAUUUUAACAAUGGAUCUAGUGACCCCACUGUACCAGACAUACAGAUGAACGACGACUUACAGGAACGAGAUGAGAGUCUGGAUUCUUCAAAAAGUACCGACGAGAGUACGAGGUUAAUGAUUAAAAGGAAGAACGAGCUUUCGAAGAGGACAGGACUGAACGAUGGAAAAGAAACCAGGCCGAUAUUGUCUAAAUCCGAUAGGGCUCAGUACAAACCUUUCUCGUGCGAUCUUUGCACGCUGGCGUUCACAAGGGCUUCUCACUUAGCCAGACACAGAAGAGUACACACGGGGGAAAGGCCGUUCGCCUGUAGCAUUUGUCCACGAAUGUUCGCCAGACAGGAUAAAUUGAAGCAACACCUGGAUUCGCAUUUGCAAUGGCCGAAGAGAAAAAAUAACAUGUCGCACACCAGUUGCCAGUCGACAACGCCUUCACCAGGCAAAGGAAAAAGGGGCAGACCAAGAAAGGUAAAUUUGGAACAAUCGGCCAUGGAGGAGAUUUUGAAGUUUGGCGAAUUUAGUUCUCUGCUGAACAAAUCUCAUUCGGCGAAUUCGACAGUGAAAAGCGAAGAUUCCGCGUCCAACGAUAACGAAAGGAAAGUCGACGAUCAGAAAGACGAGAUCGCGGAGCAAAGGGACGAAGAGAAGGAAAAGGACACGGACGUGGACACGGACAUGGACGUGCACAAAGCCAAGGACAAUUACAGUUGUCAAGUGGAAACGGGUCAAGACGACACCGUUUAAUAAGCCUCCUUCGAUCCUCCAUUAUAUUCUUGCAAGGAAUAUUUUUGCACGAGUAAGAGGAUCCAC